AUGGAAGCUCUAAUUCAGAGACGAAAACCUAUUAGAGCAUCUUUUACGAGAAUAUGUAACGGAAUUAAACUUGAAAUAGAAAAAGAAAACCCAGACGAAGAAUUUAUAAGAUCAAAAUUGACAACUUUAGAACGUUUAUCGGACGAACUUCGCUCUUAUGAUAUUCAAAUUUUAGAUUCAGAAUAUUCUUCUGAAGAGCAGUUUAACAGUGAAUGGGAAAACGUCGAAGAAUACAAGGAAAAAUUAGAUUUGAUUAAAGUUAAAGUUGAAAUGUUCUUUUCCCGCCAAAUUGCGCAAUCCGUCGCCAGUGUGUCUCCAAACUUAAACAAACGAAAACUCAAGCUGCCUGAAAUAGUAUUAAAACAAUUCGGUGGGGACAUUAAAGAUUGGUUGCCAUUUUGGGGACAAUUCCAACGAAUUCACGAUGAUAAAGAAAUUCAAAAUGAAGACAAAUUCCACUAUUUAAUCCAAGCUACUAUACCUGGUACUAGACCACGUGAGAUUGUCAAUAGCUUCCCGGCAACCGCGGAAAAUUAUCUCAAAGUCAUAGAAAGCCUAAAAAAUAGAUUCGGACGGGAAGAACUUUUAGUGGAAUUUUAUAUACGAGAAUUGUUAAGUCUAAUUAUUAAAAUUGUAAUUGAGCAAAGAAAAAGGUGCAGUGUGUCCGAGCUGUACGACAAAUUAGAAUCCUAUUUGCGUUCGUUGGAAUUAAUUGGAAUGACAAGCGACAAAUACUCUGCCAUGUUAUUUCCACUCGUUGAAUCGUGUAUUCCUGAGGAGUUAUUAAGAGUUUGGCUGAGAAAUCAUGCAUCAAUAAUCACAGAAGAAAAUACUUAUUCCGAAAAAUUAAAACAAUUAUUGUUAUUUUUGAGAAAUGAAGUUGAGGGAGAGCAGAGAAUUUCUCUGGCAAAAGCUGGGUUUAAAUUUGAUUUUGGUGCACGAAACGAAGUUAGAAAGGAUAAAAGGUUCCAAAAUGAAGAUUCCGUGCCUACUGCGAAUGAAUUAUUCUCGGGCCAUAAGAAAACUUUUAACCUUGGGGAAAAGAACUCUUGCAUUUUUUGUGAGAAACAGCAUGAAAGCCAAAAUUGUUUUGUGGCUCAAAAAAUGACUUUAACUCAAAGGAAUGAUGAAAUUAAGAAGAGGAAUGGAUGUUUCAUCUGCCUAAAAAUUGGACAUAGGGCCAAGCAAUGUAGGUCAACUGUUCGAUGCUUGAUAUGCUUAAGAAGACAUUGGGCUGUAAUGUGUCCUGACUUACAAACAUGUAAAAAGAAAGAUGAUGAUAGAAUUAAGGAGGAGGAUGCACAAAAGGUAUCUUUAGCAAGUACCAGUUUUAAUUAUCCAGAUGAAGUGUAUCUUCAAACUUUAUUAGUGAAUAUCGAAUCUAAUAAAAGGCAGAAAACGGUAAGGGCACUCAUUGACACUGGAUCACAGCGUUCAUACAUAUUAAAAGGAACGGCUGAAGAAAUUGGGUGCCAUUCAAAUGGAACAGAAACUUUGAUUCAUGCUCUUUUUGGAGGAGCCACAACAAAGAGAGAAACCCACAAACGUUAUGAAGUGUCUCUUAGUAGCCUAUAUGGCAAUUAUUCUAGAAGAUUAAAUCUUUUGGAACAAUUAAAGAUUUGUGGACCAGUGACCAGUUUGCAGCCGGGACCAUGGAUAGAAGAAAUGAAACAAAAAGGUAUCACUGUCUCUGAUGUUGGAAGAAAAGAUUUGAAAAUAGAAAUCCUUAUUGGAGCAGACGUCGCAGGUGCAUUGUUAACGGGAAAAGUUCACAAAUUAGAAAACGGAUUGGUUGCUGUUGAAUCUUUGCUCGGAUGGACAGUUAUGGGUAGAAUAAAUUAUUACACUUCAGAAAGUAAUGUGUCUAUGUCCUCCCUGAUAACGUCCAUGUUGGUUCACAGUAGCGACAUAGAAAACUUGUGGAAACUAGAGGCAUUGGGAAUUACAGAUUCCAAAGAAAAUAGAAGUGAUAUCGAAUUACAAGAAGCAGUAUGGGAUCAUUUUCACAAGACCCUAAAAAGAUCAGAGGAUAGAUAUGAAAUCUCUUUACCUUGGAUCAAUGAGAAAGACAAAUUACCCAGUAACAGAGAAGUAGCGAAAAAAAGACUAAUUUCCACGACAAAGAAACUCAUGUUGAAAGAUAAAACAGAAGCUUACAAUGCAGUGUUCGAAGAAUGGGUUAAAUCUGGAAUAAUCGAAGAAGUACCAGAAGAGGAGAAAAGUGUGCACAGCCAUUACCUUCCACACAGGCCGAUAUUCAAAGAGAACUCUACAACAUCCAUAAGACCAGUUUUUGACGCUUCGUGUAAGCAGAAGGAGUUUCUUUCCCUUAACGACUGUCUCGCAAAAGGUGAAAACUUAAUUGAAUUAAUACCAAGAUUGCUUCUUGAUUUCAGACGAGAAAAAAUAGGAGUUAUUUCAGAUAUCAAAAAAGCUUUUCUUCAGAUAUCUAUUCAAAUAAAUGAUCGUGAUUUUCUGAGAUUCCUGUGGUGGAAAGACUCUGAACAAAAGGAAAUAAGAGAAUUUCGACAAUGCAGAGUAGUUUUUGGAUUAAAAUGCAGCCCAUUUUUAUUAGGUGCAGUGAUUAAUUCUCAUUUGGAUCAGUGUGAUAUUUCUCUAAAAGACACAGCUUCAAAAUUGAAAUCUUCAUUUUAUGUUGAUAACUGUGUCACCUCAGUCAAUUCGAAUGAAGAAGCAGAAGAUUUUAUUACAAAGUCAACUCGAUUGAUGGCAAGUGGUAACUUCGACUUGAGAGGGUGGGAGCAGACAGAGAAGAGCAAUGUGAAAUCGAUAAUAAGUGAACCACUAAAAGUUCUUAGUCUUAUGUGGGAUAAGUUUGAAGAUUCACUGUUUUGUGACAUACCUAAUAUCGACUUAGAUGACAUCAUAGUGACAAGACGAAACGUGUUAUCAAUUGCACAGAGAAUCUUCGACCCAAUCGGUUUUAGCUGCCCUUUCACGCUUCGACCAAAAAUAUACUUGCAAAAUAGUUGGGAAACUAAAUUAAGCUGGGAUGCAGAGCUGCCUGAGGAAAUCAAAAGAAAAUUCUUGAAAUGGGUUAAGGAAUUGCCCUUGUUAGCAUCAGUAAAGAUUCCUAGGCAAGUUACUCAGACCGAUGGCCAGUCUUUUAGCCUCCACACAUUUUCCGAUGCUUCACAAGGAUCUUAUGCGAGUGUAGUAUUUUUAAGAAGCCAAAAAUCAGAUGAAGUCAAAGUGACAUUAUUGCAAGCUAAAGCCAGAGUAGCUCCGUUGAAGAAAACAACUAUACCAAGACUUGAAUUGCUUGCUUGUCUUAUUGGAGCAAGAUUGGCUUCAUUCAUUAAGAAGAACCUCAAGAUUGUAAUUUCAAAAGAGUAUUACUGGACCGACUCUUCAACAGCACUCUUCUGGAUAAAGAAUGUAGAAGCUUGGGGAACGUUUGUGAAUAAUAGAGUUUCAGAAAUUAGGAACCUGACAGACUUUAGAAAUUGGCACCAUAUACCUGGUAUAGAAAAUCCUGCCGACAUGCCAUCAAGAGGAUGCUCAAUGAAGAAACUUAUUGAAUCCAGAUGGUGGGAGGGACCACAUUGGCUGGCAUUGUCGGAAGAAGAAUGGCCUCGUUCUGCGCCAAUCGAUGACAAAUUGGAGGCUAACAAAGAAAAACGUAGAGAAGUAAUGACGUCAUUAAACCAUGUUGAUGAUUUUUCUUCACGAGUCUUCAACUACUUUUCAAAAUACACGAAAAUACUAAGAAUGAUGGGUUGGAUACACAGAUUUAUAGGAAAUUGCCAGAAGACAAAAGUAGAAAGAGAAGACGGCGAGUUAAAGGUCAAUGAGCUAAAAAUGGCAGAGAAAUCUAUCGUAAAGAUUAUUCAACAUGAUUCAUUUUCUUCAGAAGACAUAAAGAAAUUGAAGUCACUUAGUGUGUUCAAAGAUAAGGAAGACAUUUUACGUGUUGAGACCAGAUUAACUGAAAGAAAGGACCAUCACAAUUUUAUUUUCCCCAUGUUGCUUCCGAAGAAGCAUGCAGUUGUGGAGAAGUUGAUACUUCAUAAACAUCUAGCUUUGUCUCAUGCUGGGAUACAUAUAUUAAUCUCCAAACUUCGAGAAAACUUUUGGAUUAUCAAAAGCAGAUCAACUAUCCGAGGAGCUUUAUCUCGAUGUGUUAGAUGCAGAAGGCAUGAAUCUAAAGGACUGCAGACGGUGCCAACUACUCUGCCCGAAAAUAGAGUUAGAGAUGCUAAGAUUUUCGAAAUUGUGGGAGUAGAUUUAGCCGGCCCACUAGUUUUGAAGAACAAGAGUAAAGCCUGGAUCAUACUUUUCACCUGUGCUGUUUUCAGAGCGGUUCAUUUGGAACUGAUUUUGACCCUCUCUACUCAGGGAUUUUUACUUGGAUUUAGAAGAUUUAUUGCGCGUAGAGGGCGGCCAUCGAUAAUUUACAGCGACAAUGGUAGUAAUUUUGUCGGAUCCAACAAUCUCUUUGAGUCAAUUGAUUGGAAUAUUGUUGGAAAGGAAGCUGCCAUACUUAAGAUAGACUGGAAGUUUAGUCCACCAGCAACACCAUGGUGGGGCGGUUUUUGGGAACGACUUGUGCAAAUGAUUAAGAAACUUUUAAAUCGUACCUUGGGCCAAGCGUCUUUAAACUACGAAGAGUUAAUGAGUGUAUUGUGCGACUGCGAAUCAACUGUGAAUUCCAGCCCCCUUACAUAUGUGACAGAGGACUCGGACGAUCUCAUUCCUUUGACACCGUCCUUGUUUUUAGGUGAAAUUCCAGAGUUUGGUGUACCUGAUUUGGAUCACCUAGAUCAAAUUGAUUUCAACAAGAGACUUAGACAUCUUCAAAAUGUGCGAGAACUUCUGAGAAGAAGAUUUAGGUUGGAAUAUCUCAGCUUAUUGGUUCAACGUCCAUCAACAAUGUUAAUUUCUAGACAGAUAAAAAUUGGGGAUAUAGUUCUCGUCGAGUGUGACAACAAGCGCAAAGUGCUAUGGCCUCUAGCCAAAGUGACUGAGAUAUAUCCAGGAAAAGACGGCAAUCUUCAAGAGGUCAAGGACCUAGAGGCACCAAAGGCUGAAGUCGGACUUUUUCUCAAGCCUGCAUUGCAUUUAGUUGAGCAUAAAGGAAUGGCCUUCAUGCCUUGGGUGACCUACCAGGCGAAUACUCUCCCGGCGUAA